AUGCGCGAGAUCUUCCUGCGCCUGCCGCCGGACGACCCCAGGGGCCUCGUCCGCGCCGCCGCCGCCUGCAGGAGCUGGCGCGGCAUCCUCUCCGACCCGGCCUUCGCCAGCGAGUACCGCGCGCUCCAUGGAGCGCCACCCAUGCUGGGAUUCCUCUACGACGAACGCUAUACCGACGACUGGCCGUUCCAUGGGGACUACUGGGUCUCCCACUUCGUCUCCACCGCGUCCUUCCGCUCGCCGGCGUGUGAGGACCGCCAGCACUGGCGCGUUCUCGAUUCCCGGCACGGCCUCGUCCUCUUCUAUACCCCCACACUCGACGCGCAGUUCGUUGUCUGCGACCUCGUCGCCGGCGACCAGUGGGAAAUUCACGCCGACCCCAAGUGCUAUAGCAUCAUGUGGUGGGAGCACGACGAGGCAAAGUAUAAGUACGCCAGCAUACACUGUAAUGCCGCGGUGUUCUGCGCCAAGGAUCGAUGCGACCACCUCGACUGCCAUGGCGGCCCUUUCCGCAUCGCCUUGGUGGGCUCCGUCGAGGAUGGUUCAGUAUCCCACGCCACCGUCUACUCAUCAGAGACUGGUGAGUGGAGCGACAUGAGCUCCGUUCAGAACCCAAAUUACAUCAAUGGCAGGGGGCACAGUGCUGUUGUGGGAAAUAAGGUCUAUGUCCCCUGUUUGGAGAGUGACAGUGUCGUGGAGUACAAUAUAGGUGAGCAACAACUAUCUGAGAUUGAUGCCCCGUUUGAGGACCAGGACCAGAACCAGCCCUACAUUGAACUCAUGGGGGUGGAGGACGGCAUGCUGCUGUUUGCGUCCGUGGUGGAUGCUAGACUCUACCUAUGGUCAAUGGAGGCUGGUCCCAGCGGAACUGCAGGAUGGGCGCGACGCUGGGUCAUCGAGCUUGAACCGUUGCUCCCUCCUGAUGCCGUCUCGGACAAGCCGGACGACGUCUUGCCAGUUGGUUUUGCUGAAGGUGUUAGUGUCAUCUUCCUGAGGACAAGGAAUGGGAUGUACACAAUUGAUCUCAAUUCAGGCAAAUGCGAGAAGGUGCACCAGAUAUGUUUCGAAAAGGUCAUGCCCUACAUGAGCUUCUACACUGGAGCAUGGGGGCAGUUGCUGGCCUUGGAGUAAGCUUCAUUCACAGUUGUUGGUGCUAAGACGAUGGAUCUGUUUACUUUUGCUGCCUAGGAAGAAUUUGAAGCAAACUUUGGUGUCUUCUGCUGCUGGUUGUGGUGGACAAUCCGUUUACUCUGAAUGCGCUUUUGUUCUAUUAACUUGAGUUUGUUCGUCUGCGUUUGGUGCACAAAACAGUCAUUCAGAAGAAAUGUUGAUCUACUUGUUGUGGACAGUGUGGUUAAGGUGGAGGCGCUUUUGUUCUACUUUCUUGUGCCAGAACUUCAGUUCGUUAGUCUGAAUUUUGUGCAACUCAAAACUGUCUGUCAGGGAGAAAUUUUGAUGACCGGUUGAUGGUUUAAUUGGUGCAAAUUGCUCUUGUUC